CGGUCUUGUUGAAGCCUUGUCUUAAACAGGCAGGCCGGCGCCAGAUUAGUAGCACUUAGCGAUUUAAUUCAAAUCGUUAUCUCAGCUCCCGUCGCCAACCCCAACCCCCCAAUAUUAUCUCACUGUUGAUUAGACGAGCUAUUCUAUUGCUCGUGAAUGCACGCUUUCAUUUGAGAAAGUUUUUUUGCGACCCUCGUUUGACUCAGCGGCAAAAUGAACCACCAUCAAGAUAUCCCCGGAAACGGUGAUUUUGAGGGUGUCAGCGGCAGCCGAUUCUACUACCUGCAACAUUACAUCCCAGCGCACAAAAUCUCUUUGGGAAUCACCAACGACCAUAUCAUUGCCGGUGCGAAGCGGAAAAGCAAGCCCCCAGCGCGCUUCAUACAUGGCGAGCGAGAUAUCCCGCAAUUAGAUAGAUGGAAACUAAAGAAAAAGCCUCGAAAGUCAGCUACUACGCCGGACAAACAAAAAAAGGAAGGAACAAUCAGCGUCAUAAUCCCGCCUAUCAACCUCGACUAUGAUUCGGGUGACUCACCGUUGACCGAACUGGAGGACCUGACGGACGAAAUGGAUGACUUGGCCUCUGACUCCCCCACUGAUGAUGCCCAUGUUGCCGCUGAGAAGUUCUCCGAGCACCCCAAGCUAAAUAACACGGAUGAAGUUGGGGGAAGCCGGUUCGCACAAGAGAAUGGAUGUACUAAGUGUACAGGAAAGAUGAUCAAUCUCCGCCACCAGGCACAACAGGCAGUCUUGCUGCGAAAGGAAUAUGAGACUCUCCAGCGACAAAACAACCGUCUCAGGGAAGAAUUAGCCAACAUCAGAGCAUCGCAGCACACUUCCACCAGCGAUCCCACAAUCACUAAACUCUCUGUAGACGAAUCUCUUGGCCAGAAGCAUGAGAUAAACAGACUUCGCCGUCGCCUUUCAAGUGCCCUUGAGCUUGUUGAGCUUGCCCGUCCCCCUCCGUCGUACGACGAUGCUUUUGUCGCAUCAACGGGCUUUAUAUACAAGGAAAUGAAUACAUUGAGUAACUAUGUGGUCUAUACAGCAGAUUCGCUCAUCAAAAUCCGAGUCCAUCACGUAAAGGAUGACACAAUAAGCCAGGGUCUGACUCAUCUCAUCGAGCAAACCAUAAUCAACAAAGAGCUUUUAUCCACGGAGCCCGUAUCGGCGUUUCGCGCUCUUACUUUUGGCUUCAUUCAAAAACGCGUGUUUCACGCCCCGGAGAUAUGGAGAGAACUGCAUUUUGACGGCAUAAUGUUCAGGCAGUUCCAAAGUAUUCUGGAGCAAAGCAUUUCACCUGAAGCCCUAGAAAAAUACCACCGCGCAACAGUUCAUCUUACCCUAACAAAGAAUCCAGAAUUUAAGGAAACGUUUGUUUCUGGGUACGCCGAAGAGAUGCAAUCCGAGUUUGCCAAAAUGAUGGCACCUUUAAUCCGCUUAGAGGACAUGGACGUUCACUUUAAGCGCCGAAUGCGAACGUUAUUCCGUCAUGCCCUUACCCUGCGUGCGAGCUGCUACCCUCACAUCGGAACGCGCUAUCAACUCGUGCAGUUCAAACCAGGCUAUGUAUAUGACCCGCAGACCAUGCGUGCGGAAGACGAAGUCGGAGCAACCGUACAUGUUCCGGAGGAUGGUCGACAACGCCGCAUUAAGGUUUGCGUGCAUGGGCUGAUGAAAGCCUAUGCGGUGCAAGAGAAUGCAACUGGACUUGACUUGAUCCAAGAACUCAGCCAGCCAUUUUUCCUGGAAGGUGACGGACAUGGUCACAUUAUCAGUGAUAAGGCAGCCGUUAUUCUAGAAUGACAGUUGGCUAUACUAUGAGGGCUGUAUCACUG